CUCUUCCUCAGCAGCCUCUUAGCUGCGCUGGUACGCGUGAUGGGCCGCAGAAAGCUUCAAAUACUUGCCCGCCCUGGAGGUUGUCUGGUGCAGGUCCACAUCCGGCGCGUUUGCUGUUAUCCCCACCGGUACCAGCUUCACAAUGGCUUCCAUCAAGUCUCAAGUGGGUUUUAAGCCACUGCACCCUAUUAUUGCUGCUGAAUGCUAUGGUGUCGACUUCUCGAAGCCUGUACCACCUGAGGUCGUCACCGAAAUCGUCCAAGGGCUGGCCAAGUAUGGUGUCCUUGUCUUCAGGAAGGCACAGCUCGACGACGCGCGACACGUCGCCUUCGCGUCUCAGCUUGGCGAGCUAGAUGACUCGACUCCAUACAUCAAAGCCGGACGAAAACAUAGGCUUGCGCCAUACACCGAGCUCUUCGACGUGAGCAAUCUUGAUGAUGACGGCAAUCUUGUCUCGACCGAUAGUCUACGAUACCAGCUCGGGCUGGGCAACGGCCUCUUCCAUGUGGACUCUGCCUUCAACCCCCGUCGCGCAGGCUAUUCCGUACUUAGAGCUCACCAACUGCCUCCCAAGGGCACGGGAGGGGCUACCGCAUUUGCCGAUACUCGCACGGCCUACGCGGAUCUGGACGGCGACACUAAGGAGCGGAUCCAAGAUUACGUGGUCAAUCAUUCCUUGUGGCAUAGCCGGCGCCUCGCGGCCCCUGACUGCGAAUUUCUGAAGGGGAUGAUUCCCGAACAACACUUCAUGGGCCGCCACAAGCUCGCGCAGCUGCACGAACCUAGCGGCAGGAUGAAUCUAUACAUUGCCCAUCAUGCCCAUCACAUUGAGAGUUUGGGAAAGGAAGAGGGACAGCAAAUCAUUAGGGACUUGCUGAAGCACGCGACUCAGGACAAGUAUACAGUUGAAGUAGACUGGGAGAACAACGGCGAUAUCAUCAUAUGGGACAAUACUUGCGUCAUGCACAAAGUUUGCCGCGGUUCCUUCGAGGGGAAAUAUGUCCGUGACAUGCGCAGAGCCACUGUGCAUGAUGCUUCUUCCACUGCUUGGGGCUUAAACGAAAGGACUGACUUUCGCGCUGGGAUGCCAUAAGAAGUCGUUGCGGAGGCAGCAGAAAGAACGCAAGAGGUUCCGCGGGGUUAUCAAGGGCGCCAGAGCAACGCAUUUCUCAAGGGCCACGGAAGCACAUUAACAGGAAUGUAAAGCACUGGUUAGAGUCGCUGCAAGGUGUUCGUACAAAUCUUCUGAUAC